AUGUUUAAUAUUGCUUCCAAUCAUCUUCUCUAUCUCAGAAAGCAAUCCUAUGCAGCUGUAGCAAAAAGUAUAAGGGUGCAAAUGGCAAAGACCAAUGUGGAAGUGGUGAAGGUAAAUGUGGGGAAUGAAUCAACUUCAGUGGGCAAUAAAGAUGGAACAAUCUUCUGGAUGAAAGAUCCUAAGACUGGAAACUGGAUUCCAGAGAAUCACUUUGGAGAGGUUGAUGCUGCAGACCUCAGAAAUAUGUUUCUUCCCAAAAAAUCACAAAACUAG